GCGUGGUAGACUGAGAGGAAUGUUGUAAUGAGUAAUGAGCUCAUUCCGACGGCGAAACACUCUGACCAUAAAUUGACGCAUAAUUGACGCAUCGCCUGGGCCUCAGUGGAAAACAUAUAGAUAUGGUUCAAUAGCCCUCAGAGUCACGAACCACCAUCUUCUUUUGCUGGUCAAAGAAGAAUUCUAUAUUCGCUCUAUACACACCCACUUCCUCGCGCCGUCCGACUACGACAGUUACCAUGCGUCUCUGUCUGAUUCCUUUGUGCAUUGGCUUGUUUUCAAUCCACGCGUAUGCGAUGCUUCACUUUUUCUUCCCAUGCACAUUUAUUUCUUCUCAGGAUGGCAGCACAAUUCAUGCACGUUCUGGUGUGCUAGCAUCACAACCUCUGGAACAUGGAGGGGUCAUUGCCAAACAGGAUCCAUCCCGCGACCCAACAGAUCGAAACCAACCUAUCGAUAAAUCAAGCGCCCAAAAUAUCCCAGGCGCUCUGGUUACGAUCACAUUUGAAGAGGAAGUCCACGAGCAAGUCCCCGUCCCAGGUGAAAGGAACGCAACUGUAGAGAACUUUGUCGUAUCGCUCUUACAGAGGCAAUACUAUACUACAGGAACGUUGAACAGUCAGACUCAUAUCCAAUGGGAACAUAACGUGCGAAGUGACUGGUCCCUAGCCCAAUUGCUGUUUCGGGUGGAAGAUACACGUACGGGGCAGCAUUGUCAUAAAUUUUGUGAUGCUGCGUUGGAUGUUCAUCAGAGUAUGCAGAUUUAUAUCUCAGCAUGGCGGGCACUAGGCUUCAUAGAAAUAGACGAGAUUGUAGAUCGAAUAAAUCGUUAUGCCAAGACUCACAGAGUGGUCGUAUAUGUCGAGAAGAACAGGCCGAGGACAGCAUAGAAGUCGUCGCUUCAAUCCGUUGUACUGAAAAUACUACGUGGAAAGAGGCAGCGAGCUGGGUGAGGUGUACGAUGGACGUUUACCAUGGAAGACCAUGAAAGUACAUAAAAU